CUGCACGUCAACCAGUCUCAGGAAAGCAGUCAUAUGGGUUGGUUUUGUUUACAUGAAGUGGAAUUUUUCCCUUGUUAAGGAGAGAUCAUUUAUCCUUUAUUGAAAAAUUGGUUCGCUUGCAGCGAAUAAAUCGGUUUGCCCUUGUGCCUCGAUGGAUUAGUAUAGUCGCUCACUCGCCAAGUUGCAGAUGUCGCGUUUCAAGAUUUUACUAGCAGUGGGUGGAGCCUUGCUGUUGCUGCCUUCGACGGAAAUACACGGUGCCAAUAUACGCAGUGGUGGUGAACCGAGUCUGUACGAGCAGCAUCUGUUCAAACGGCAGGCCGCCAAGCAGAACGAUGGCCAGCAGACGAGCGGACUCUACGACGAGAAUGAUUCGGUUAUCUCGCUGACCGCCGGCAAUCUGAAGGAGAGAGUAUUCCAGCAGCCUCACGCUUCGCUGGUUGAGUUUUAUAACUCCUAUUGUGGCUUUUGUCGGCGAUACGCGCCGAUCUGGAAACAGCUGGCCAGUGACAUUCUGGGCUGGCAGAAACUGGUGAAGGUGACUGCCCUGGAUUGCUCCCAGGAUGAGAACAAUGCCAUAUGUCGGGAGUUCGAGGUGAUGGCGUAUCCGACGAUACGUUUCUUCGCACCGUAUUACGAGGAUGGAGCUCAGAAGAUCGGUGAUGCGAUUACGGCACAUGCUGAAACGGAAGUAAUCAACGCCCUCAUCGGACACAUGCACAAUGUUACGCAAAAACCGCCAGGCUGGCCAGAUUUCACCCCAAUGAUUGAUAACGCCUCGAAAAGCGAACUCUUCGCGACAACCGAAUCUCGAACCGUGCCUCCCAAAUAUGCCUAUAUAAUCAACGAAAAUGAAACCAACGGAACAACGGUAGGAAGUCAGAUCAUUCUUGACUUCAUCGACACACCAUCGGCAGUGAUAAAACGAACCAAGGAUCUAACCCAGCCCAGUGGGUUGCGAGCCAUAAUUAGAGAAACCAUGAGCGAAGUUCCGCUACCGGUGGAUGAAUUCAACCGGGAAAAACUGGCGGCUGCAAUCCGCAGACAUCUCAACGAACAUCAUAUCAGCGUGACGGAGGUCUCGACCAAAUCUACCAACAAGGAAUCAUCCACCGAUCAAAACAUUUCCGAAAUCAUGGAGCGGAAACAGGAGGAAGCGUUGCGAGCGAAGGUAAAGGAACUUGGCCCUGCCGUGAUAUACCAAGCCGAUCUGGAGGAAGCUUUGAAGUUCGCAUUGUACCACGAAGUGACACGAUUCAAGAAGAUCGACGGCGAACGAUUACUGGCGCUGCAGAGAUUUUUGAACGUUCUCGUUCGGUACUUUCCUUUCAACGAAAAUGGAAUCAAAUUUCUGAAAGAAGUACGACAAUUUGUACUGAAUUCUGAAGAAGGUAUAGAUGGAGACGAUUUCGCGAGUAAUGUGAAACAAAUAGAGCUCAAUCGUGCAUCGAUCUUUGCUUCGAAUCGCUGGAUGGGAUGCGCUAGCAGUAAGGAUGGUUUGAGACGAUAUCCCUGUGGCCUGUGGACACUUUUCCACUACCUGACAGUGCAAGCUGCCGAAUCAGAGAUGUCGACAGAUCCUCUGGAGGUUCUCCAAGCGAUGCACGGUUUCAUAAAAUAUUUCUUCGGUUGUUCCGAUUGUUCCAACCACUUCCAGCAGAUGGCUUCCCGGAACAAAAUUUGGAACGUAACGAGCAAAGAUGAUGCAGUGCUCUGGCUGUGGGCAAGCCACAACGAGGUGAACCGACGGCUGGCCGGCGAUGCAACCGAAGAUCCCGAACAUCCGAAGAUUCAGUUUCCACCUGCCGAAGUAUGUCCACUGUGUCGCAAAACGUUGCUCACCAAUCAUCACAACCACCAGCAGUACACGCUGGAUGGGGGGAACGAAUGGGAUCUGCUGCAGGUGCUCGCAUUUUUGAAGAACAUGUAUAACUUUGCUAAUCGGAGUCCUGUGGGGUUGCAAGAUGAUGGUAUCCUGCCGCAGAAGAUGGCCUACUCCGGCACGGGGGAGAACUUUCAAACCAAUCGAAUCUUUGGUAACGUACUGAACGAGAUGGACAUACGGAUGGGAGCGCUGCUGUAUGUGGCCUGUAUUGUGAUGCUACUGAUCGCAGUGAAAAUGGUGGUGAAACGGGGAUACCGGAAGAAGAUGUAUGCUCAUGAUAUACUAGGAAAGGUGUAAUUGUAUGUUUUGUUUUCUCGAAGAUUUUGCAAACUUUUCUCUGCAGCUCAAGAAUUGUUUAUUUACAACUAUUUGUUUUUAGUCUUCGAAUGUCAAUUCCAAACAAUAUGAACGACAAACAUGAGACAGUGUGCUUGUAUGUGUACGAAGUUGAUAAGAAGGAAAAUUUACAUCGACAUAGGUCAAUUUAUAUAAAUUCUCAGUGAUAUUUUUUUUGUUUCUCUGCUCGGUGCAAAGUUCUGAAUUGUGAAUAUUGGCAUAGUUUAAGUAGGAACCAAUAUGAAAUGGGUUUACAUGAAUGCAAACAUUCGAAAUAUAUCAAAAUAUAGGCCGA